GUUCCAUUUUCUUCAGUGAUUUUUUGGCGUUUGACGUUUUGAUUUUGGGUCAAAAUGAGUUGGAUGAGCAAUUCCCCUGUUUUUUCCCACUGAUCUCCUGUUCUGCAGCUGGUUUUCUCGACGUUAUUGCUUGGAAACGUCGACUGAGCUUAUUUCUGACAAACUGCCAGCCUGCGAUUGGCUGUUCUCCACAUCAAUGUGUCACAGGAUCUUUUUCUAUUGUUUUCAGGCUUUUGACUCAUUUUGGCUCUGAAAAACGGUUCGAGACAAAUUUUUAAAUAUUUCAGUGCUAAUUUUUCAAUCAGUAGGAUUUCAAAGCAUACAAUCUCUAGUUUUUUAAUUCCACACACAGAACCUGAUAUAAUCCAGAGAUAACAUCAUUUAAAAUGUCUUUUGUAUCAAAAAUAUCAAAAAUAUCAAGUUUACCUUUGAAUUCUUCCAUCAGGAGACAGUUUUCAAUUAACUCAGCUCUUUAUCAAAAUUCAAGCAACAAAAAUGAUGAUUCCAGCUCGCAGUUAAAUAGAUUCAGUAAAAUUAUUACUCAACCAAAGGAUCAAGGUGCUUCACAAGCAAUGCUUUAUGCUACUGGUUUCUCUGAAGAUGAUAUGAACAAACCUCAAAUCGCCAUCGGUUCUGUUUGGUGGAGUGGUAACCCAUGUAAUGCUCAUUUAUUGGAUUUUAAUUUUGCUUGUAAGCAAUCAGUAGACGCUUCUGGUUUAAAAGGUAUGCAAUUCAACACUAUUGGUGUCUCUGAUGGUAUUUCAAUGGGUACAAAAGGUAUGAGAUAUUCUUUGCAAUCAAGAGAAAUUAUCGCUGAUUCCUUUGAAACAAUCACCUUAGCUCAACAUUACGAUGCCUUAAUUGGUAUUCCUGCUUGUGAUAAAAACAUGCCUGGUGUAUUAAUGUCAAUGGGUAGAAUCAACAGACCUUCAAUUAUGGUCUAUGGUGGAACUAUUAACCCAGGUUGUUCAUCUUUAAAUAAUAGUGAAACAAUCGAUAUUGUUUCGGCUUUUCAAAGUUAUGGUCAAUAUAUAAGUAAGCAAAUUACUGAACAGCAAAGAUUCGAUAUAAUAAGACAUGCUUGUCCAGGUCCUGGUUCUUGUGGUGGUAUGUAUACUGCCAACACAAUGGCCAGUGCUGCUGAAGUAAUGGGUAUGUCUCUUCCUGGUUCUUCUUCGUUUCCUGCCACCUCUAAAGAAAAAUUCAAUGAAUGUGCAAAUAUUGGUGAGGCAAUUAAAAACUUGUUGAAAUUAAAUUUAAAACCAAGGGAAAUUAUGACAAAGAAAGCAUUUGAAAAUGCAAUUGCUUAUAUUAUUGCAACUGGUGGUUCAACCAAUGCUGUCUUGCAUUUAAUCGCAAUUGCCCACACUGUUGAUGUUGAUUUAACAAUUGACGAUUUUCAAAAAAUUUCUAACAAGACACCAUUUUUGGGUAACUUCAAACCCUCUGGUAAAUAUGUGAUGGCUGACAUUCAAAAUAUUGGUGGAACUCCGGUUAUAGUGAAAUAUUUAAUGGACCAUGGUUUCAUUGAUGGUGAUGCCUUGACUGUUACAGGUAAAACAAUCAGAGAAAAUUUGGUAGACGUUCCUGAUUUAUCUAAAGAUCAGGAUUUGAUUUAUCCUAUUGAAAAACCUCUAAAACCCAGAGGCCAUUUGCAAAUUCUAUACGGUUCUUUAGCUCCAGGAGGUGCUGUUGCUAAAAUUACCGGUAAAGAAGGUACCUACUUUAAAGGUAAGGCCAAAGUUUAUGAAGAAGAAGAUGAUUUCAUUCAUGCUUUAGAAAAGGGCGAAAUUAAAAAGGGCGAAAAAACUGUUGUUAUAAUCAGAUAUGAAGGACCUAAGGGUGGACCAGGUAUGCCUGAGAUGUUAAAACCUUCUUCUGCGCUUAUGGGAUAUGGUUUAGGUAAAGACGUUGCAUUGUUAACUGAUGGUAGAUUUUCAGGUGGAUCUCAUGGUUUCUUGAUUGGCCAUAUUGUUCCUGAAGCUGCUGUUGGUGGUCCAAUUGGUUUAGUUGAAAAUGGCGAUGAAAUUGUAAUUGAUAGUGAUAAUAACAAAAUCGAUUUAUUGGUGGAUGAAUCAAUCAUUGCUGAAAGAAAGAAAAAAUGGGUUGCACCUACACCAAGAUAUACUAGAGGUACAUUAUACAAGUACUCCAAAUUAGUUUCAGAUGCUUCAAAGGGAUGUGUUACUGAUAGUGAUUAAGCUUGUUUAUAUUCUUCUGAUGAUUGAAAAAAAUGAAAAAUUUAGUUUUUGUUUAUUCUCUUUUUUAUGUCUAUUAGCCUGGUGGUAUUUUACUUAUUUUUUUGAAAAUUGAAAACUUUUGGCUUUGAAAAGUCUCAGUUUAAUUAAAUUCAUAUAAAUAAUUUGAUUAUUGCAUUUUUUGUUAUUUAUUUAUUUAUCUAUUUAUUUAUUUAUUCGUUAUUUUCUGUUUUAUUUCUUUUAUCAAUUUUUAGUUUUAAUUUUUCACUUUAUCAAAUUAGAAAAAG